GAUGCUUCCGGGCCAGAACAUGGAUGAUUACUUGACCAUCCUGCGUAGUGGCAUGUGGAGAUUGUGGUACAAGCUCUCAGCCGAAGGCAAGACUCGUUUCUUCGACGAGUUCUUCCCUCUGCUGCACGACACCAAGCUCGAGGUCAUGGGCGCUCGCGAUGACGAGUCCUACUACCUCGUGUACAUCGGCACCAAGCCUGCAGCCCGUGGCAAAGGCUAUGCGCGCAAGUGUAUCGAGUACGUGACCAACAGUGCGGAUGCCGAGGGUAGAGCUUGUUAUCUCGAGAGCAGCAAUGCUGCCAAUCCAGCCAUCUACCGCAAGUAUGGUUUCGAGAUCAUCAAAUCCAUCCAUCUCAAGCGAGCUGAGAAGGUCGUGGAUCUCGAGAUCAUGGUUCGUGAACCUCGGGCUAGCAAGAAUCAGUCUUCGUUGAGCCUGGAGAAGGUGGACAGUCUGGUCUCUAAUGCCUCGUCCACUGUUCGUCCGGUUUCUGUUUCCUUGAAGCUGGGAGGUGAGAAGGACACAAUUGCCAGCAUUUCUGUCGUUUGAAGACAGAUUGUGAUGUGCGUUUUUGAUUUGUUGUGCUUUGCUCCUUCCGUUCCCACCCUUGUCGCUCCUUUUUGUUUUUUUUUUGAUAACUGCGCUCUGACCUCUGCCACUCUUUUUACUGCUUUAUGCCAUAGCUGUGUUUAGCCUGGAUAUUGUCAUCUCGACAAUGCCACUUAAGAAGCCAAUUGUGCCUUCGAUGUUUGAAUGUGUGAUUAGGCGCUAAACUUACGUUCGUGAAUAACG